AUGUGCAAAUCGUUCGGAGGCACCCUCGACGGAGCAGCUCUGGAAUGGCUCAUGAACAUCACCCCCGGAUCCAUAUCCUGUCUUUCUGAUCUCAACAACGCCUUCUAUCAACAGUUCGCUAGCAGUCGCCAGUUGGAAAAGCAGACGAGUGACCUCUAUCGGUUGGCCCAAGGACCAACCGAGUCGGUACGCGAUAAUUUUAACCGUUUUAAUUGUGAAAAAAUUAGCAUAAAAAACUGUGAUGUUAAGACAACUAUCGAAGCAUUCAAGAGAGGUCUCAUCCCCAACUCGGAGUUGUACCGGGAGAUUACCAAAUAUCCCUGCGCAACCUUCGAGGAGGUCAGAUCGAGAGCCACUGCCCAGAUGCGGAUCGAAGACGACGAGAUUACACGGUCGACAGCACCACGAUCAGCAGGGGGCAGCAGCGACAAGAAUGAACGGGCCUACCACCCCGACAUCUCCGAAUAUGGCUUCAAUGUCGACAUCGGAGGCGUCGUGAACGCCCUUCAAAAUGUAGGUGGAACCGUCAGAUGGCCUAGGAAGAGCGACAUAACAGAUUCCAUGAAAGACAUGAGCAAAUGGUGCGACUUCCACCGCGACAACGGCCACAAAACCGAUGAGUGCAUCUCCCUUAAAAAGGAGGUCGCAUAUCUUCUGAAACGGGGGCACUUGAAGGAGCUACUGAGCGACAAAGGGAAGGAGACAUACAACAAGGAGAAACCCGCCCAACCCAGCCCAGCGACGAGAAGCAACCGACCGACCCCGCCUAACUUUAACAAAGUGGUAAACGUUAUUUCUGGUGGUUCAAAUAUUUGUGGACUAACCUCUUCUGCAGCUAAAAAGAUCAACAAGGGAGAAUCUGGAGCCGUCAAAGAGGGGUAG